CUUUUUUAAACAAAAUGAAAAUUGCACUGAUUCAGAUAAAAAUCAUUUUGUAAAAAGAUCAUCGAUUCCAAGGACUUAAAUUAAAUCUACAGCAACGUGAAGAAGGUAUUGAGUAUGCCUCUCAUUAUUAUCCUGAAACGAUGCCUUUUAUUUUAAGUUAUCAGGCAAAAACAUCAUCAUUUAAGGAUUAUUUAUUUCAAGACAAUUUAAAAAGCCUCACAACACUUGUUUGGUGGAAGUCCUUGAAAGAUAACUUAAAUAAAGUUACAGUAGACCUAGUUCAGCAGCUUCAUACAGCAGCUGCUUUAUCUGCUGGGCUUGAGUGUAUUGAGUUUUUUCCUCAUUUAGGAUAAUCCACACCAAACUUCGUAAUUAGUCACAGUAUUCAAACACCGGAAUCA